UAUUAGCUGUCAAUGAAAUUUAUAUAUCUGACAAUACGCAGAUCACCUUAAAAGAUAAGGACAUUGUAGCUGUUAUUCCGCCAAUAAGUGGAGGUUGAAAAAAAAUGAUUGAUUUAAAGAUUGUGAAUUCUGAACUUGAUAUUAACUCUGCGAUAAAUUCUGUCAAUUCACCACAAUGCGGAGCUAUAUCAAUAUUUAUUGGAACGACUAGAGAACAAUUUAAUGGGAAUAAAGUAAAAACUUUGUUUUACGAAGCUUACGAGUCGAUGGCGUUGAAUGAAAUGAAAAGUAUCACUGUGCUGACCAGACAAAAAUGKCCAGAAGUUGUGAACAUUGCAAUACAUCACAGGAUUGGUGAAGUAAAAGUUGGAGAAGCCGGUGUAGUGAUUGUCGCUUCAUCUCCUCAUCGCAAACAUGCUCAAGAAGCUGUAUCGUUUAUACUUGAACAACUAAAAACCACGGUUCCCAUUUUUAAGAAAGAACAGUACGAAAACGGCAGUAGUAUAUGGAAAGCCAAUGAAGAAUGCGCUUGGAACAGUAACAAUAUAUAAAAUURUUAAAUGUCAAAUUUAACAUGUAAUUGGACUAUUGUUUUAAUUGAAUACUUAAUUAUUUAAUAAUUAAAAAAACUAUUAAAAUUAA